AUGGCAGGGAUUAACGGGCAAACGUCCCCCUACAUCAAAGUUUUUUAUGUUGCCCUCAAUGUUUUCAGCGCGUGCUGCAUCGUCUUUGUUAAUAAGCUCGUCUUUACGGCAUAUCGGUUCAGAUUUGUGACGACUUUGACCUUGGUGCAUACCACUUUUACCUGGGCUGGCAUGUUAGCAUUUUCCCGUGUCAACUUUUUCACGGCCAAGCAUUUCAGCCCCGUGGCCGUCGCCCCGCUUGCGCUGGGCUACGUGGGGUACAUCAUAUUAAAUAACCUAUCCUUAAACCUAAACACCGUAGGAUUUUAUCAAAUUCUGAAGAUCGCAAUUGCACCCACAGUGAUGCUGUUGGACUUCAUCCUUCACAGCCGAACGCAGACAUGGCGCAUUAUGAUGUCCGUCUUCGUGGUUUGCGCGGGGGUGACCGCCGCCACCGUAACGGACAGCGUAGCCAUAUCCAACGUCCUGGGCCUUUUUGUGGGCCUUACGUCCGUACUUGUUACGGCACUGUACCAGAUUUGGGCGGGGUCAAAACAGAAGGAGCUUCAAGCCAGCAGCUCACAACUGCUGCUAGCAUAUACGCCGCAGGCCAUCAUGCUUCUGCUGGUGAUGUCACCCUUGGUGGAUGACUACGGGUUUGCGAUUCGGCGGCCUGAUACGGUACUAGGGUUUCCGUACACUGCGGCGGCGGUUGGUGCCAUCGUUGCGUCAUCACUGCUGGGUAUCCUCGUCAGCUUGUCGACCUUCCUAGUCAUUGGCAGCACGUCCAGUCUCACGUACAAUAUAGUGGGGCAUCUGAAAACGGUACUCAUCUUGGCAGGUGGUUGCCUGCUCUUCGGCGACGCCAUGCCCUGGAAGCGCCUGGCGGGUAUCGCCCUCACCAUGGCGGGCAUUGCCUGGUACACAGUCCUAAGUGUACAAGCGAGCACCGCGUCGGAACGUAGCCGCGGCAAGGGGCAUGAACCCGUUUCCCCCACACCCGACCGAGAUCGGGAUCGGGAUCGGGAUCCGUUGCUGCAAAAAGAGGGCUCCGGUUCCUCUGCGUGA